AUGGCCGACACCCCGGUCGACCCGUUGGCCGCGGCCACGCAGGUUCUUUUGACUGCCGUUCAGAGCUACGUCCAGGCGGCUGUUGCAACGGAGGUGGGCAAGACCCGCCAGCAACCGACCCCGGUCGCCACUCAGACCGAGACUAUUCAGAACCGGCUUGACGCCGCCCUCCGGGAGACCCGGGGACUCACCGAUAGAAUCAAGAAGAUCGAGAAGCGAGACAAGAAGCAAGAGGCGCUUAGAAGCGUGUUCUCAUCCUUCUCCGGCGUCGACGCGCCCGAAUCCAGUCGCUCCCGCUCUUCAUCCAGAAAUGAUUUCCACCUCUUUCGCAAGCUCCCGCUCGAGCUCCGGAUGAAGAUCUGGAAACUUGCACUUCCGGGCGGCAGGAUCUUCGAGGUCACCGGUCCCGAUGUCCACUUCCACCGCCUCAUGCGCACAACCGACCCCGCAACCACCACGUCCCUCGCCAACGCCCGCACCGCCUCCGGGCUCCCGGACAUGUGCAUCACCGUACACAAGACGCCUAAGCUUCGCCUUGCCUGUCGAGAGGCUAACACCGCCUUUAAGGAAGCCGGCGGUUUCGAGUUCGGUCUCUUCGGCGGUGAGUACAAGGGCGUCUGGUUCAACCACGCCAAGGACGUGCUGUUCCUGCGCGGCGAGCCCACCAACUGGACCAACGUCGACAUGUCGCGCAUCCUCCGCGUCGCCAUCCCGCACACCAGGUUCAUGAACAAGGAAAGCUGCACCGCCACCAUCGACACCAUCCUCAACCAAUUCACAUCCUGCCGCGAGGUCUUUAUGCUGCAGUCCGUCGACUGGGAGGGCCGCUCAUGUCUUCCCCACCCGCGCAUGCCAGCUAAGCUUUGGCGCCUGCAAGACGACGACGUCAUCGGCCACCACGACUACCCCAUGGAGAUGUCGACGGAGAUAGGAAACGUCGCGGUCUGGAGGGACGUCAAGCGCAUCGUCGAGCUGCUGUGGAGGGAGCACGUGGUUGAGGUUAAGGGGCUCAGCGAGAGCAAGCUGCCCAACUUGGUGGGUAUGGAAAUGCUAAGAGCUAGGCACGGUCUCUUUGAUUAG